UUUCCAAUUUCUCUCCUAUCCACCUUUGAGAGAUGUCGCGUGAGCAGUCUCCUGGUAACUAAGGGGCAAACGAUACGAAGACAUACGAUAUGGUACGGAUACCGAAUUAAGGAAAGCUCGUUGUAUACAGACUUUGUUAAAGAACACUGCCAUGCCAUGACCAUUCUUAUUUUACAUCGACUGCGAGACAUGGGGCCCCUUGACCAUGGGAUAUCGCAGGAUUCUUUGUCUUGUACAGAGUACUAACCAUAGCUUGGUAGCUCUGUAGGGUAGAGCACAGCCACACUCACAUCACGCUCACACUCGACGGACUUUGUUGUUAAUUUCAAUUAUUUUUAGAUGUCUUGCUAUUUUCUCUCCUGGACAUGGUCUUGAUGUUGUUUCGCCUUUUGUUCGAGACAUCUUGAUUGGGCUUCUUGAGGUGCGUGGCAGGGCAGCGUCAACAUCAAUAGCAGGCCUCCAACCGUUGUCCCCGAGUACUCCGAACACUAACAAAUGCCCUACGUCAAUAAGUAAUUGAUCCUAUCCACUCCUCAUCCGCGGAAACCGGAGUCCUGCAAGCUCCGAACACACCUUGAGCAUCAACAGGUUAUUCUGUUUUAUUACGCUCGUACCAUCCUAUAGAAAAUCCGGACGAUUCAUAAAAAUCAUCAACCCUGGAGGCCUGUCAGUGGAUUGUUCAUACCUGCAAAGCAGCUUUGAGGAUCUGUGGAGCCAAUACCACGCCAAGAAAGAGUGUCCCGCAUUCUAAAAAUCCCCAUAAACGACGACAUUGAUUAACCUACCACCAUUAGUUUUUGCGGCGUAUGUGUACGCGUUUGCAAAUCUGACAUAUCCUUCUCAACCCUUUACCCAUGAGGACUCACCUGGGACGGAACCUAUGCUCGUAUAGCCCUCUUAGAUACUCGUCUCAGCCACUUUCGCGCCACCUCCAGCUACGGUCAUCUGUCCUUUCUUCCAGCUUACUGAGACAACCCCUUACAACCUCACGAGGAACCCCUGCAUAUACUAGGAGCAUCGCCUUUGCGAGAUAUCUCACAGGCUCGAGGAACCUCACUCACUCAAUUGCCAUCAAACGGACAUUACACAGCAAAGCCGGCUCAGAUCCAAGUAGCAGACUUCCUCUCGAGGCCAACUCGCUUUACUCAGUUGUUGUAGCUUUAGCAGUCAUUACGGCUGUUGUUGCUAUAUCAGCUUGGCCUGCAGGAAGCCCCAGCAAACAGCCCCCACCAGAAGAGUUCGAGGAAGAGUUCGAGAUCAUGUCUUUCCAAUUACCCCCUGGGCGCCCAGGGAACCUGACUCCCGAGCAAGAGGAGAAGCUUCGCAAGCUAUGGACUGCUGUUUUCCAACUCACUGGCGUGGCCGAUGAGGAGAGCUCUGGCGCCAACCUCUUGCCCCAGAAAGAGGAGGCGAGUCCCGCAGAGGCCGAUCCUAAGAAGAAGCGAGGAUUCGGCAUGUUCAAGAAAGGCAAAUCCGGUACUUCGACACCAACUGAAGCUUCCGCUGAAGAGGACAAGUACAAUGAAACUAAACAAUUCCACGAGACUUUGGCCAACGAGUCCCCUGAAACAAUUCGACACACGAUAUGGUCCAUGGUGAAGCAUGAUCACCCUGAUGCCCUCGUUCUGCGGUUUCUCAGAGCACGGAAGUGGGAUGUCGAGAAGGCUCUCGUCAUGCUGGUGUCCACUAUGCAUUGGAGGCAUAACGACAUGAAGGUAGACUCUGAAAUUAUGAAGAACGGAGAUGCCUUUGCGGUUGAGGAUGAGAAGACCGACUCUCCUACCAAGCAAGUUAGCGCCGACAUGAUGAAGCAACUCCGAAUGGGAAAGAGUUUCCUGCACGGCACUGAUAAGCAAGGCCGACCUAUCUGUGUCGUCCGGGUUCGCCUGCACAAGGCUGGGCAAGAGUGCGAAGAAAGUCUGGAAAAGUACACAGUCUACAUUAUUGAGACAGCGCGCAUGACCCUCCAACCCCCUGUUGAUACAGCUUGCAUUGUUUUCGACAUGACUGGCUUCUCUAUGGCCAACAUGGACUACACUCCUGUCAAGUUCAUGAUCAAGUGCUUCGAGGCCAACUAUCCCGAGUCUCUAGGUGCUGUCCUGGUGCACAAAGCUCCCUGGCUUUUCCAAGGUAUCUGGAAGGUCAUCCGUGGCUGGCUUGACCCUGUGGUGGCAGCCAAGGUUCACUUCACUAACAACCGGGCUGAACUCGAAGAGUUCAUCGCUCCAGACCAUCUGAUCAAGGAGCUUGAAGGUGAUGAGAACUGGGAGUACAAGUACAUCGAGCCUCUUGCUGGCGAAAAUGACAAGAUGAAGGAUAUGCAAACCCGGGAUCGUCUUUUGACUGGCCGUGAAGAGUUGGUAAAGAAAUUCGAGCAUACAACCAGAGAAUGGAUCCGACAUCCUGAUGGCGAGCAGGGCAAACAACUCAAGGCCGAGCGAGAGAAGAUCGCCAAACUUCUCAGGGAGGAUUACUGGAAUCUUGACCCAUAUAUCCGAGCACGAACACUCUACGACAGACAAGGUGCGAUACAGAAUGAUGGCAAGACUGACUGGUACUCGCUCAAGCCACCGGCUGCUGCGGGAGCCAGCACUUCUGCUGAUGAUCUAGACUAGACGAGACGUGUGAAGGACAAAAGGGACAUGGAUUGUAGAUGAUCAGGUUGAUUUGGUGGGGCAGGAUGGUACCUGGUAACUGGACAAUAAUACUAGAAGGGCUCUUCAUGAACCAGUCCCCUAUUUUCCCAACCCAACACUGUUGCAUAUGCGUAUCCCGAAGCUCCCUAGAUCUUGGCCUUGAGCUCCUCACAGUAAGCCUUGAGCUGUUCCAUAUCUGCGGGCUUUGUGGGCCACUUAACGCCGAGGCCCUCGGUCUCGUUGGGCUUAGGGAUCUGAAUACUUGUUAGCUGUAGCUCAACGAUAAUUUAGGCUUUGACUUGUUACCAUGUGGAAGUGGACCUAGGACUACAUUAGUUUCUGACACCGUAGAUUUGUUUUUAUAGACUUACAUGAUCAACUUCUUGGUGAGCAAUGCGGCCAUUGUUCUGCAGGAUGUUGUAAUCAGUGGCAC